GUGUGCAAGUUGUAAAAGAAUUGCGACAAAAGAAAAAAAGGCUAGAACAAUGGCAAGAAUUCCCAGUGCGACUAUAAGCUCUUCUGAUGGUCCACGACCCAUUCCUGUUAUCGGAUUGGGGACCGCGACUGUUGGAAGAAGUGAUGAGGUGAAAGCGGCUGUGGUCGAGGCCAUCAAGAUGGGUUAUCGCCACUUUGACACCGCGGCAUUCUAUGGAACCGAGAAACCUGUCGGGGAAGCCAUCGCUGAAGCUUUGCAAGCUGGUUUCAUAAAAUCUCGAGCGGAGGUUUUCAUUACGACCAAGCUGUGGCCUAACUCCACCGAGCGACAUCUGGUUUUACCGGCAUUGAAGAAGAGCCUCCAGAACUUGGGACAAGAGUAUGUGGACCUCUAUCUUAUACAUUGGCCACUCAAAAUAAACUACCCGCAUAUCAAAAUCCCGGUUCCAACGGAGUGUGUGACCGCAAUCGAUAUCAAGUCAGUUUGGGAAGCAAUGGAGGAGUGUCAAAAUCUCGGACUUACAAAAUCCAUCGGUGUCAGUAAUUUCUCGUCUGACAAAAUUCAAGAAAUUCUUUCAUUUGCCAAGAUUCCUCCUGCUGUCAACCAGGUUGAGAUGAACCCGCUUUGGCAGCAAAAACAACUGAAUAAAUUUUGCAAAGAGAAUCACAUCCUUCUCACCGCGUACUCCCCUUUAGCUUCAUUCGGCAAUUCAUGGGGAAACAAUAGCGUUGUUGAAUGUAAUGUUCUCCAAGAUAUUGCUAAGUCUAGAGGGAAGACUACUGCUCAGAUUUCUUUAAGAUGGUUAUAUGAGCAAGGGGUUAGUUUCAUAGUAAAGAGUUUCAACAAAGAGAGGAUGAAGCAAAAUCUUGAUAUCUUUGAUUGGGCAUUGACGCAAGAAGACUUGAACAUUAUUAGCCAAAUUCCUCAACGCAAACUCGUUUAUCUCCUUGGUUUUGUGGUGACGGAGCCUAACGAUGUAACAGUUGAGAUUGAUUCGAAGCUUUGAGUAAGCAUUUGCAUUCGGCCAUCGUCAUGAUUGUUCACAACAUAGUACUUUGUUUAUUUAUAACUGAAUUUGUCGGACGCUUAUAUUAGAUUGCUGAUAUUGCACUAA